AAAGAAUCUUAUAAGUUAAGAAUUAUAAUUAAUUUUAACCGGUUAAUUGUCCAACAUAUGCAAGUUCAUGCCGGAAAAUGUAUUUGCAUGCUUCCAGAUAUUAUAGAGACAUUUAACCUCGGUAUAUUUCCUGGACAUAUCUAUUGUCUUUUGUUGGCACGUAAUGAAAACUCAAUAGUUC